GCUUCGCUUCGAUGGGGAUGUCCCUUGUUCCUCAACGCUUAUCAUGGGCUUUACACUCCAACAGGUUGCAGAACACAACACGGCUAGUUCCUGUUGGGUCAUCAUAAAGGACAGAGUAUACGAUGUCACGGAUUUCCUUCCAGAACACCCGGGAGGUGCCCAAAUCAUAUUAAAGUAUGCGGGAAAGGACGCUACAUUGGCUUACGAGCCAAUCCACCCACCUGAUGCGCUGGAACGGAAUCUCCCGCCGUCCAAGCACCUGGGGACUCUGAAUAGUGAUGUAGCUCUUCAUAUGGAGGAACAGCGUGCCAAUAGGAAGAAGACAAAAGAUGAGCUGAGGGUAGAACAAGCUCAUAGGGAAAGACCUCCCCUCAACCGUAUAUUAAGCUUGUCUGAUAUGGAGGAUGUCGCACGACAUACACUGUCGUUGAAAGCAAUAUCAUACUAUUCUUCAGCUGCUGAUGACAGCAUAUCUCGUGAAGAAAACGCUCUUGCAUUCGGAAGGUUCUUCUUCAAUGCUCGGGUUAUGCGGCCUGUGCUUCAUUGCGACCCGUCUACUACCAUCCUAGGCUACAAGUCAUCUAUUCCUGUCUUCGUGUCCGGGGCCGCUCUGGCCAAGCUAGGACAUCCCCUGGGUGAGGUGAACAUAACGAGAGCUGCACACGAAGCAUCUAUCAUACAGAUGGUGUCUUCAAACGCCUCACUUUCCUACGCAGAGAUAGCUGCCGCUGCAGGCCCUUCGCAGCCCUUAUUCUUCCAAUUCUAUAAAUCCAAUGAUGAUGCUACAGCCGAACAACGGGUUCGCGAAGUUGAAAAACUUGGUUAUAAAUCCAUUUGGCUGACUGUAGAUGCUAUCGUCGCUGGUAAAAGAGAGAUAGAUAUCAAGAGUCCUUGGGAGCUGGAGACUAUGGAGAACGGCAAGCCAACAUACCACGCUGACACUGACACUCUGGAGCUUGUCGAUGAAACUGGUACUGCGGGCGCUUUGAUUGCCAAAGACGACCAAAACAUGACAUGGGAAAAGACAAUCCCUUGGCUACGGGGCGUAACAAAGUUGCCGAUUGCCAUCAAAGGUAUACAAUGUGUUGAGGACGUUAUUUUGGCGGCAGAUGCUGGUGUGGACGGUAUUCUGUUAUCGAAUCAUGGGGGCAGACAGUUGGACUACUCGAUGCCGCCGCUAGAAGUACUGUACAGGCUCCGGCAACGUAGACCCGAUGUUUUCGACAAGUUGGAAGUCUAUAUUGAUGGCGGCAUCCGACGUGGUACCGACGUUGUAAAGGCCCUUUGCCUUGGUGCGAAGGCUGUGGGAUUGGGACGGCCGUUUCUCUAUGCUCAAAGCGCCUACGGUGAGAUUGGUGUCUUGAAGAUUCUAAAGAUUCUAGAGAAAGAGAUCGUGACCGCGAUGAAGCUUGUUGGUGCAGCCAAUGUCAAAGAUCUGACACCUGACUUGGUCGAGAGGGUUGACUGGCAGCCACUUGUUCGCUCGAGGCUAUAACAGCAUUUCCAUCGCACUCCUACAUGUAUUUUGUUCAGUGUCGAUUGCUGAGAAAUGAGAUGAUGUGUUACAUAC